AUGAGUGAGCAAGAACAGAGAACGCCUAGGAAAAGGGCGAUUAGACUAAUUACUCGAGCUAAGACGCCAACUAGAGGCGGUGCUCGAGCCGCCAACGCCGCUAUUGCUGCUGCACUUGCUGCUCCGCCUGUUGCUCCACCUGCUGGGAUUCCACCAGGGAAUGUAGUUGCGGAUAGACCUAUACACCAAUUGGUGGAACAGUUUUUGAAGUUGAAUCCGCCAAAGUUCACUGGUACAGGAGAUCUAGAAACUGCUUCUCGCUGGGUUCGAGAUUUAGGGAAAGCAUUUGCACUUUUAAGGAUAAUGCCGGUAUCUGGUGGACAGGCUGUUCAAGAGAACGUAUUUCCAGAAGGAGUAAUUCCAACAUGGGAUGCCUUUCUUAGGGCAUUUAAUGAACAGUAUUUCUCGAAGAAUGCCAGAGAACAGAAAAUGGAUGAAUUCCAACGUCUCCGCCAGGGAUCAAUGACUGUUGACCAGUAUGAGGUCAAGUUUGCAGAGCUUUCUCAAUAUGCUCCAAGGCUGAUAGAGGAUCCUGAAGAAAAGGCUCGAAGAUUCAAGAAUGGUCUUCGAUUGGAGCUGAAGCAACCAUUGGUGCCUUUUGACCUGCAUGACUAUCGGGAAAUUUACCGACGAGCUCAACUGAUAGAAAGGGAUCUGAAUGAACAAGCUGCUGCGUCAGGGUCGAGGUUUAAUGCACACAGAAACAGUAUCAGGUUCGGGAAGAAGCCUAUGGUCGGAAGAAGGUACCCCAUUCCACCUAAUAGGAAAGGUGGGGUGGGUAAGUCAGCACCCAGCAAUAAUGGAGCCUGCCGUUUCUGUGGAAAACAACACGGAUCUGCACCGUGCUAUACUAGGACAUGA